AUGGUGCAUGCUCUAAGGGAGCAUUCACCGUCGAGGAGUAAACUAUUAUUUUGUGACACCAGCAAUAGCUUACUCAAAAAGUGAAAAACAAGUAGACAUUUUUGGUCGAAACAUCUAGUUGCCAAGAACCGACAUGUUUCGAGUUCCGAAUAAUAAUGACCACUAGGCGGCGCUGACAUCGCUCACACAGCGGAUAUAACCAAAAACACUCAUAGUUGAUGAACAAAUAGGAAUAUAAUUUCUAUUACACAUCUUAUAUUGACAUUAUGAUAUU